AUGCCGCUGAUUGCCCAGAAUCCUCAACCUCGAGUCAUCCUCGGUUUGAUGACCUUUGGCCCGGACGAGUCGAAAGGUGCCCGCAUCACAUCCCUGGACGAGUACAAGAAAUGUCUCGACUACUUCCAGCAGCAAGGGUUCAACGAGAUUGACACGGCCCGAAUCUAUGUGGGGGGUGAGCAGGAGGCGUUCACGGCCAAGGCACAAUGGAAGGAGCGUGGUCUUACCCUCGCUACCAAGUGGUACCCUCUGGAAGCAGGUGCUCACAAGCCAGCAGUGGUGCGCGAGAAGCUGGAGCAGUCUCUGAAGGAGUUGAACACUGAUCAAGUCGACAUCUUCUACCUUCAUGCCCCGGACCGUUCCGUUCCAUUUGCCGAGACGCUAGAAGAAGUCAACAAGUUGCACAAGGAGGGUAAAUUUGUUCAGCUCGGUCUGAGCAACUACACUGCCUUCGAGGUCGCUGAGAUCGUUACCACGUGUGCGGAGAGGGGCUGGGUGCGGCCUACAAUUUUCCAGGCCAUGUACAAUGCUAUUACCCGCAACAUCGAGACCGAGCUGGUACCUGUGUGCCGGCGCUACGGGAUUGAUAUCGUCAUUUACAAUCCUCUCGCCGGCGGGUUGUUCUCGGGAAAGUAUAAGACCAAGGACGUUCCUGCCGAGGGUCGAUACAGCGACAAACAUGGAACUGGGAACAAUUAUCGCAACCGCUACUUCCGUGACGCCAACUUUGAGGCGCUGAGUUUGAUCGAGCCCGUCGUAGAGAAGCACGGACUGACUUUGAUUGAGACGGCCUUGAGGUGGGUUCGUCAUCACUCUGCCCUGAAGAUGGACGGUGAGGGUCGCGACGGUGUCAUUGUUGGCGUGAGUAGCUUCGGUCAACUCGAGAGCAAUCUCAAGGACUUGCAGAAGGGGCCUCUGCCAGAUGAGGUCGUCAAGGCAUUGGAUGAGGCCUGGAUGGUCGCCAAGCCCUACUCUGCCAAUUACUGGCACUUAGAUCUCAAGUACACCUACGACACUCAAGAGGCGCUUUUCAAGCCGAAGCCCAAAGUCACCUCGUGGCUCGGCGACAUUGUGGCUUCGGACAACAUCAAGCUCGAGGAAUCGCGGGAGGCAAGGCCGGACCUAGCUCGCACUUCCCUGGACUCGGACGACGAAAUGGCUCUGAACCGACCCCCAAUGCAUCGGCCCAAUGACGGCCGAUCGCAGCAACCGUUACUCAAAGACGAUCAUUCUCCACGACUUGAUAGAUCAAGCUUCAGCCAUGACACAGAACAUCGACCCAUGUUGCACCACACCCGUCGUCCCACUAUACAAUCCAGGAACUCCGAGUACGACGCUGCUCAAGCAACCCGGAAAAAAUAUAUCAUUGCAGCGGGCUUUCUACUGUUAAGUUUGGCCAGCUUUGUCGUCCAGACCGAGACGGCUCCCAUCCAAUGGUCACCCUACCUCGGUAUACCUCUCACUGGUGAUGCUUCUGCCCUUGGCCAGCUCACUCACUUACCGUCCCUUGCUUUCCUACCAAUUAGUUACAUCACCCACAGCUCCUGGUCAUUGCUGUGGCCAUUUCAACUCCUUAUUCUUCGGAUCCAAAAACGGAAGCUCUCCUGGGAGGCUUUCUGGCGUCGACAUGUAUACCUGGUGAAGACGACGGCCCAAAUGGUUCAGAGCCAGGACGUUCAUCUCACCUCACGCGACUCCCACCGCUCGCCUGUUCCCUACAUGGUCAAAACAACUGCCUUUGUGACGACCGCCUUGACCAUCGCCGGAGGCUCAUGGUACUUGGCCGUCAACUUGACCACGGCAAGUGACCUCACGGCCAUCUACAACUGCUCUGCAUUCUUCGCCUACGCUUUUUCGAUUCCUCUGUUGAAUGAUAAGCUGCGCCUUGACAAGAUCCUGUCGGUGUGCGUAGCCAUCAUCGGUGUGCUGAUUGUCGCUUACGGUGACCGACCCAACAAGGCUGCCCCGGAUGGAACAGCCAAGGCUGGCGACACGGAGGCACAAAAUCGAUUACUUGGAAAUAUCAUCAUUGGUAUCGGCAGUGUGCUGUAUGGUCUUUAUGAAGUCCUCUACAAGCGAUUUGCUUGUCCGCCAGAGGGAACCAGCCCCGGACGAGGCACGAUUUUCGCCAACACAUUUGGUAGCAUGAUUGGAUGCUUCACUCUCUGUGUCUUGUGGAUUCCCAUUCCGAUCCUGCACAUGUUGGGUUGGGAGACCUUCCGGCUUCCCACCGGUGAAGCGGCGUGGAUGCUCGUGAUCUCUGUGCUUGCCAAUGCGACAUUCUCGGGAUCAUUCCUGGUACUGAUUUCACUCACGUCCCCCGUGCUGUCCUCUGUAGCAGCACUGCUGACCAUCUUCCUCGUGGCGAUUGUCGACUGGAUUCGAACCGGCCAGGCUCUGUCGGUCUCAUCGAUCGUGGGUGGCAUCCUGAUCAUGGCUGCAUUCUUUUUGCUCAGCUGGAGUACCUAUCGGGAGCUACAAGAAGAGCGCCGAAAGCAACUGGAGAAUGACCAGGUGGAGUCUGAGAGUGAUGACUAG